AUGGGCACUGAGGGGCCCAGGCUCACCAGUUCUGCGGCCACCAGCCCCUUUGCCUUUCUCACAGCUCCAGGCGCUGCUGCGGGGACCGCGGCAGAGGCAGCCAGCCCCGUCCCGGUGCUUGUGGCCCUGGCCUGCAUCUUCCUCGUACUGGCCACCUGUCUGCUGUUCAUGGUGCUCUGCAAGCCGGCCGCGCUAGACCCGCGCCGCCGCGGCGCCCGCGAGUGCAUGCCCCACCACCCCGGGAGCCCCAGCGAGCCCCAGCUGCGCCUCUGGAAGCGUCUGGGAUCCCUGCGCCGUUCGCUGCGCACUUUCAGCUUCCGCCGGGGCCGGCCCGCCGCCCCUCGACGCCCCCUGCCGGCCUGCGACUGGGGCUGCACGGAAUCCACCAAGAUGUGAUUGGUGUACACACGGAAGCUCCUUCUCUCCAGGUUCGCCUGCCCUGGUCACAGCCUAGCCCCAAUGCAUACCAGGCAACUUAGACCCCACAACUGUGCCCGAUCCCAGCCUGACCUAGAAGCGCACCUUCCGCAGCUCUGCGGACGCACCUUCUGCUGCUACUUGCUAAAGGAUCAUGGGGAGCACCUGCUGUCACUUGCAUCCAUGGUCUGAGCUGAGAUGUGCAACCUGGGGCUCCCCAGGCACCAUUUG